AUGUCCGCACCCAACUACCGCACAAUCAACAUCGAUGCCCUGGACCCCGAGUCCGCGGUGAAUUUCCCCAUGGAAACCCUCCUUCCUGCCUCGCUCCCGGCCCCCGCGAACUCCAGCACCGCCGCAAAUGUCGCCGCGCAGGUCCGCCAGCUGCUUCGGAGCGGUGACGCCGAGGGUGCGCUGCGGCAUGUGCUCGAGACCGCUCCGCUAGGCGGCGACGACCGCGCAAAGGAGGUCCAUCUCGCCACCGUCGUUGAUGUGCUGCAGGGUAUUCGGCAGGCGGAGAUGGCCAAGGUGCUGGAGGGGGUUUGUACGGGUGGUGCCCAGGGUGGGGAGCGGGCGGAUUGCUUGAUGAAGUAUUUGUACAAGGGGAUGAUGAUGGCCUCGCCUGCUUCCGGUAGCGGGGCCCAGUCACCGCGGAAAUCGGUCUCGCCGCAGAGCACAGGGUUCACGCAGAUUCAGGCUAGGAAUUUGGGCGAAGGCGGCGGUGGACAGCAGAUGAGUGUUCUGCUGAAUUGGCAUGAGAAGCUGGUGGAAUUGACUGGCACUGGAUCGAUUGUGCGCGUCAUGACGGAUCGGAGGACGGUUUGA